ACGCACACCGAGAACUGUAAAAUUUAAUGUGAACUAUGUCCGCUUGCUCUUGUCAUUGAAUUUUGCGCCAAAAAGUUGUGAAACUCGGUGAUUCUUGUUUGUGUUUCCCAAGUCCGUUUAUUUGCAAAAUUCUAACAGUUUGGAGUGGUUAAGGCUCUCAAGUUUGGUGAUAUCUCACAAGGACAACAAUUACCUACCAGAACAAUGUCGAACAAUGAUAGUUCCCCCAUUCGUGCCAACGGCAGCGAAAGUGAUCGACGCGGCAACCUGCGUUCAUUAAUGACUUCCCCAGUCGAAGACUUUGAGCCAUUCGAUCAUGAGGAUGAAAUUUUGGGUGAUACCACCGCUGGUGAAAUACACGAUGAGGAAGAUGAGGGCGAAGAACUGUUUGGCGAUAAUAUGGAAAAUGAUUAUCGCCCGCGGCCAGAACUUGAUCACUAUGACGAGACCAUGCUGGAUGAAGAAGUAUACAGCGAUCUGUCUCAGGCGGAUCGUGCUGCAGCUGAAGCCGAGAUGAGGCGUAGAGAUCGUGCACUGGGGAUACAUCGUGACGACCGAGAUCUCAUCUAUGACAAAAGCGACCCUGACGAUGAAAUACCUAGAGCAAAGCGUCGUGCAGCUGAAAAGGCAGCCGAAUUGGAAACAGAAGAUCAGGAUAUGAUCGAAUCGAUCGAAAAUUUGGAAGACACAAAGGGACAUUCGACCAAAGAGUGGGUGUCGAUGUUGGGCCCACGCACCGAAAUCGCUAAUCGAUUCAAGAGCUUUUUGCGAUCGUUUGUCGACGAUAAAGGACAGUACAUCUAUCGGGACUCUAUUCGUCGAAUGUGUGAGCAGAAUCAGUCAAGUUUUGUCGUUGCCUACACCGACCUGGCGAACAAAGACGCAUCUUUGGCCUAUUUUCUGCCGGAUGCUCCAUUUCAAAUGCUCGAAAUAUUCGACAAAGCAGCCAAGGAAUUGGUGUUGACCAUUUUCCCAACGUACGAACGAGUUACCAGCGACAUUUUCGUGCGAAUCUCCGACCUGCCGUUGAUCGAGGAACUGCGAACGUUCCGGAAGAUACAUUUGAAUCAAUUGAUUCGCACUUCUGGCGUUGUGACUGCAACAACAGGCGUGUUGCCACAAUUGUCGGUGGUGAAAUAUGAUUGCGUUAAGUGCGGCUACGUAUUGGGUCCGUUUGUUCAAUCGCAAAAUGCCGAAACGAAACCGGGCUCGUGUCCAGAGUGUCAGAGUAGCGGACCGUUUUCGAUCAACAUGGAACAAACGCUGUACCGAAACUAUCAGAAAAUUACUUUACAAGAGUCUCCUGGCAGAAUUCCAGCUGGUCGAAUUCCACGCAGCAAGGAUUGCAUUCUAUUGGCCGAUCUGUGCGAUCAAUGCAAACCCGGUGAUGAAGUCGAGAUAACCGGCGUGUAUUCGAACAACUACGAUGGUUCGUUGAACACCGAUCAAGGUUUCCCCGUGUUCGCAACCGUCAUUAUGGUCAAUCAUAUGAUCGUCAAGAAUAGCAAACAUGUUGUGAGCUCUCUGACUGACGAAGACGUUGCCACCAUUCAAAGACUCAGCAAGGAUCCACGAAUCAUGGACCGAGUGAUUGCCAGCAUCGCUCCAUCCAUUUACGGUCAUGAUUUCAUCAAGCGUGCAUUGGCACUAACUCUAUUCGGAGGUGAGGCGAAAAAUCCGGGCGACAAACACAAAGUUCGCGGUGACAUCAAUAUGCUGAUCUGUGGUGAUCCGGGCACGGCUAAGUCACAGUUCCUGAAAUAUACCGAAAAAAUUGCGCCAAGAGCUGUGUUUACGACUGGCCAGGGAGCUAGUGCCGUUGGUCUGACGGCCUAUGUACGGCGAAAUCAAGUUUCAAGAGAAUGGACUCUCGAAGCAGGCGCACUGGUACUCGCCGAUCAAGGAGUCUGCUUAAUCGACGAAUUCGACAAGAUGAAUGACCAAGAUCGAACAUCAAUUCACGAGGCAAUGGAACAGCAGUCCAUAUCGAUUUCGAAAGCCGGUCUGGUCACAUCGUUGCAGGCAAGAUGUGCAGUCAUUGCAGCGGCUAAUCCCAUCGGUGGACGGUACGAUCCGAGUAUGACCUUCUCCGAAAAUGUCAAUCUGUCGGAGCCGAUUCUGUCGCGUUUCGAUAUUCUCUGCGUCGUUAAAGACGAAUACGAUCCGAUGCAGGAUCAAAAAUUGGCAAAAUUCGUCAUAAGCUCGCACAUUCGUCACCAUCCAUCGAAGGAGGUACACGAGCCAUCGGAGUCGCUUACCGAUUUGGAUAUUCCACAAGAAUUGCUCAAAAAGUUUAUCGUCUAUUCAAAGGUCAACGUUCGGCCAAAGCUCACGAACAUGGACCAGGACAAAAUCGCCAACAUGUACUCUCAGCUUCGUCAAGAGUCAAUGUCUACCGGCAGUUUACCCAUUACCGUUCGUCACAUCGAAAGUGUCAUUCGUAUGGCUGAGGCCCAUGCUCGGAUACAUUUACGCGAUUCCGUACAAGAUACUGAUGUCAACAUGGCCAUUCGCAUGAUGCUGGAAAGUUUCAUUGAGGCACAAAAGUUCAGUGUAAUGAAGAAGAUGAGAGCGACGUUCCAAAAAUAUCUCGCCUUCCAAAAGGACCAUUCCGAAUUGUUGUUCUUCAUACUGCGUCAACUUACGCUGGACCAGUUGGCCUAUAUCCGGUGCAAGGAAGGUCCGCAAGCAACGCAUGUGGAAAUUAUGGAAAAGGAUCUCAUCGAACGUGCCAAGCAGAUCAACAUUUUCAAUCUGAAAGACUUUUACGACAGCGGCUUGUUUAAAACGAACAAUUUUGUGUACGAUGCAAAGCGGAAGGUCAUUUUACAGAGUCUACCUCAAGAACAGGCCUAAUGGAUUCGAUUUUUCAUUUUAUUUAAAAUUUGUUUUUGUUCAGUUUCCCGUUUUUACAAUAAAAAUGCUGCGUUUUGAUA